AUGGACAAUGAAGAUAUCUGCAACCAUAACCUACCCAUGGACUUCAAAGAAAGUUUCAGGAUUGUUCAGUACAUUAGCUUUGUGUUAACUGUCCUCACCUGUGCUGUAGGGUUAGUGGGAAAUGCCAUCAUCAUUGGUGUCACAGGAACCAUCAUGAAAAAGCAUAAAUGUAAAAUUUGGUUUCUGAAUCUGGCUUUAGCAGAUCUUGCUUUUACGUUGAGCUUGCCAUUAUAUGCUGUUGCUGUGUGGACAGGGAACUGGCCCUUUGGAUCGAAUUUAUGCAAAUUAUAUAAUUACUCUUCUGCAUGUAAUUUGUACACUAGUAUUUUUACAAUCAUGGCCCUAAAUAUUGACAGGGUUUUAUCUAUAGCCAAACCAAUAUGGCAUUUUAAGUUCUUCUCUGAACGUACUUGUUUCUGGACCUGUGCAGUCAUUUGGACAAUAACAGCUCUAUUAGGCCUUCCUGUGUUAUUUUUAAGUGAUGAACAGAUGUAUGAUAACAAAACAGAGUGCAGGAUGAUAAGUGUGGAACAAUCCUUCAGAAGACUCCAUGGCAAUAAACCAGAGCUGAGUCACAAUGUAGAAAAGGAUACUCACGUCGGGAAUAAAAGCACAGAGCUUUUAAAUUCAAGACUAAUUUUUAUUCCAAAACCACUGGGAUGGUGUAAACGUGACCUUGAUGAUAUAGUGUUUAUAACAGAAUGUACUUUAAUUCCUUGUCUAGUUAUUGGUUACUUUAUCCCAUUAGUCGUGAUUGUGUUCUCCAAUGUAAUCAUUGCUCUGCAAGGAAGCAAAUCUCAGGGAAUGAAGUCCCCCAGACUAUACAGGAUAAUAACUGCUGUAAUCUUGUUUUUCUUCUUAACCUGGACUCCACUGGUGAGCUCUGAGAUUAUACUAUUAGCUGCUUUACGCAAAUUGAACCUUGAACUGGUAUAUAAGGUCUAUAUGAUAAUGCCCAUGUUGAUAAGCAUAGCUUAUACUAACUGUUUCUUAAACCCCAUCAUAUAUGUGCUGGCUGGAACACGAGUUAGGGCUGCACUCUCAGAUUUCCUGAGUAAUACCCGACUGACAUUUUCAAGGAAUUCAGACGUACCCAGUAAUUAA